CACGUGGGCACGUCCUUUCGUGACUACAUCCGCUUCAAAAUGGCGCCUCCCACACCACAUUUGGCAGUUCGAGGGUCAGAUGGCACAGUUCUGCUCCGCGGACCACCGAACUGUGAGGAAAGUCCGACUUUCCAGCGAGAUGAACGACCGAGCAAAUAUGUGACCUUCACCAGGGAUGGCACUAUGUUUGGCUGGUGCAAUGGAGAGAAGGUUAGUGUGAUUAAAGUUGCAAAUGGAGAUUUGGUGAAGUCUUUUGAUCUACCGAAAACAACGCUGCUGGGAUUUUCUCCUCUUAACAAAGUGCUGGUCACGUGGAAGCAGUACACCAAAUCACAAGAUAAUCCUCAGGGUGAGGCUAACCUCCAGCUGUGGGAUCUGCAAACUGGCAACUGUAUCAAAGCCUUUUACCAGAAAAAAGUAGAGGGAUGGUGUCCAAGUUGGGCGGAUGACGAAAGCAUCGCAGUGAGAUGUGUGAACAAUGAACUCCAUUUCUUUGAGAAUAAUAACUUUGAAACCAUCGCCAACAAACUUCAUCUUCAGAAGGUUUCUGACUUUGCUCUGUCGCCAGGAACUCAGCCAAGCAAGGUUGCUGUCUACGUUCCUGGAAGCAAAGGUGCCCCCUCUUUUGUCCGGCUUUAUCAGUACCCUAAUUUCAGUGGUCCUUCCUCGGCUCUGGCCAACAAAAGCUUUUUCAAGGCUGAUAAAGUGACCAUGCUGUGGAACAAAAAAGCCAGUGCGGUUCUAGUCACAGCCAGCACAGAAGUGGAUAAAACUGGCGCGUCGUACUACGGAGAGCAGACUUUACACUAUCUCGCAACAAACGGAGACAGCGCAGUGGUCCAGCUCCCGAAGAACGGUCCUAUCUAUGAUGUGAUAUGGAGUCCCAACUCUUCAGAAUUCUGCGUUGUUUACGGCUUCAUGCCUGCCAAAGCCACGGUCUUCAACCUGAAGUGCGAGCCCGUUUUUGACUUUGGCACAGGUCCACGCAACGCUGCUUUCUACAGCCCUCAGGGUCAUAUUCUGAUUCUGGCAGGCUUCGGAAACUUGAGGGGUCAGAUGGAGGUGUGGGAUGUGAAGAAGUACAAGCAAGUGUCCAAGCCACAGGCUGCAGACACCACGUUCUUCUCCUGGUGUCCUGAUGGAGAGCACAUUGUUACUGCAACCUGCUCACCCAGGCUCAGGGUCAGUAAUGGCUAUAAGAUCUGGCACUACACGGGCACAGUUCUGUACAAGCAGGAAACACCGGCAGGGAAAGAGCUCUGGGAGGUGGUCUGGCAACCGUUCUUACCUGGCACAUUCCCUGAGAAGCCGGUGAAGUACCAGGCGACUGCAAGUGAUCUCGGCAGCACUGAAGCCAAGCCUACUCAGGCUUACCGGCCUCCUGCCCUGCGCAACAAACCAGAGAGCAGCAGCCUUAAACUGCAUGAAGAGGAACCACCACAGAACAUGAAGCCUGGUGCUGGAGACAAGCAGAUGUCCAAGGCUGCUCUGAAAAACCAGAGAAGAAGGGAGGCAAAGAAAGCAGCUAAACAGGAAAAUAAAUCUGAUGACGUUCCCACUCCAGCCUCAGAGCCUCCACCCGCCAGAGAGACUCCUGUAACAUCUACACACGGAGACCCAGAAACUGACAAAAAGAUUAAGAAUUUAAAAAAGAAACUGAAGGCUAUUGAAGAGUUAAAGGAGCAACAAGCAGCAGGAAAACCAAUGCAGAAAAAUCAGCUGGAGAAGAUCCAGAAGGAGGCCCAGCUGCUGAAGGAGAUCGAGAGCCUUGAAUUAGGGCUGUAAACUCAUUUUCUCAACCCAUUCCCAGCACUGCUGUUCUAUAGCUUAAUGUUGGACUCCCAGAUAAAUCUAAACCUUCAACAACAAAUAUUUGCAGUUUCUUGUUCUUCUUUCAACACGCAUCAUAAUCCACAGAACAUUACCUGGUCCUCUAAAGGCAUUACUGCUAUGCAAUGAUCUGUACAGUUUGUGAGGGAAGUUUUGCUUUUCUACACUUGUGAUUAAAAACAGCGGAUUAGCAUGAAUCUAAAGACUGAAAGAACGUCUAAUAGAUUUAUACGGAAAGUUGUGAAAUGUUACUUUGAACCUUUGGGUUGCGUUUCGUUUUGUUUGAAGAGUAUUUUCUCCAUGCUGCCAAAUCUAUGUUGUGAAAUUUUCAUUAGGAAGACAAAUAAAGAAGUACAUGGUGAAUAUUUAGUUAUAAUUUUAUUUAGUGUACAUUUCUUCUAAAUCAGAGGGGUCAAAUUCGGGCUGUGAUGCAUGAGGAUUUUUUGUGAAGGUCCA